GAGACACAAUCAUAGCAAACGUAUAAGAAAUGAACAACGCAGUCCCCACAGAAGUAACACGGUUUGGCGGGCAAUUUUGUUUCUUCUGCCCACUUGAGAAAACCCGACUGGAAAUUUCACUCCUCCGCUGCGCCCACAAUUACUGAUCACCUAUGCCUUUCGAGUUAUCUGUUCGUCGUCCAAUUUCAGCUUCUCUGCAAUUGGAAUCCGUUUUUUUCCGGCACAGAUUCAUCCGUCUUCAAAGGGCUUCACUCGCUUCAUCGAAGUAAAUCUCCCGGAGUUUGAUGGAGGAUGUUGUAGCUCGGCUUCAAGGCGCCGAAGAGUCGACCUCAGUUUCUCUGGAUCAUCCCGAGAAACAUGUUCAAGAGGAGGAAGUUAUCGAAACCUCUUUAUUGCAACAGUCUAGACGGCCCAAUAUAUCCUCUCUGCAAGUUCCGGUAAGGACACUGGAGAGUACGUCGUCUACUUUUUUGAGGUUAGAUAGUGAUAAUUCGUCAACAUCAAGUGCUAGCUCUAUUAGGGGAGGAUUGCCUCCUAAACCAAAUUCAGUAAAAAUCAAAUCAUCUGCGAGAAGCUUACUUGCUCAAAGAAGUUUCGGAGCAAAAAAUUCACUCCCAGAUGGUGAAAUGACUGUUCCCAUUUUACCAGAGAGGCCACCAUCAAAUGGACGUUCAGAUAAGCCAACUCCUUCACGAUCAUUUUCUCUCAACAAGUUUCUCUUUGCCUCAUCUACAAAAGUUGCACAUUCUUUGCCAGCAACACCAACUUCAAAUCCAGAUAUCGAUAGAUUGAAAGCAACAAAUGUGGAGUGUCAUACCAAUUUUCCUAAAAUUGAAAUCAAACAGCAUAUUGCACGUUCAUUAUCAGCUCCUCUGAAUGCUAAGUCCAAAGUUUUAAGGCGGCUGGAUUCAGUAGGGUUAAUUCGAAUUGUCUCUGCAGGUCCUCGAUUUGCAGGGACUGGAGAUGCCUCUGAUUCUCAAACAAAGGAAAUUGAAAGUGAAGCUGCUGGUGAUGAUAUACCUGAAGAUGAGGCAGUAUGCAGGAUCUGUCUUAUAGAGUUGGUGGAAGGUGGUGAUACUUUUAAACUGGAAUGCAGUUGCAAAGGAGACCUAGCUCUCGCUCACAAAGAGUGUGCAAUUAAGUGGUUCAGCAUUAAAGGUAACAAGAUCUGCGAUAUUUGCAAGCGGGAUGUUGAAAACUUGCCAGUGACUUUGUUAAAAUUACAUAACACAUGCCCUGUUACUAGACGGCCCCCAGUAACAUCACAGCAGAGACGGCCCCCAAUAACAUCACAGCAGAGGGAAGCCAAUCGUUAUAGGGUUUGGCAGGAUAUGUCAGUGCUUGGGUUGGUUAGCAUGCUUGCAUAUUUCUGCUUUUUGGAGCAACUUUUGGUACCUGACAUGGGUCCUCGUGCACUUGCCAUUUCCUUUCCCUUUUCAUGUGCUUUGGGUCUCCUUUCAUCCAUGGUUUCUUCCACAAUGGUGAGCAGGGGUUACAUUUGGGCUUAUGCCUGUUUCCAGUUCGCCAUAGUCAUCCUCUUUGCUCAUGUAUUUUAUGCAAUCCUUAAUGUGAAUGCCAUUCUCGCGGUUUUCCUUUCUGCACUCACCGGAUUCGGGCUUGCUAUCGGCAUAAACUCGCUUCUUGUAGAGUAUCUUAAAUGGAGAAGAGGCAGGCAAUUGAGAUCGGCCGAUCAACAGAUGAAUGUAAGGAGUCGGCCGGAAGUACAGCAGCAGCCACACAACGAUCACUCCCAUCAACAGCAUGAGCAGCGGUUGCAGGAAGAACGCCAUCAGCGGCAUUCCCAGCAGCAACAUCUAAAUAUGGAGUCACAAGAAAGUCACCGCUCAGUGAGGAACAACACCGAUUCAGAGACAACAGCUCACUGAGGUGCCAAAGCCGAAUCCACAGCCAUUUACAACCUGAUGCGGCCAAGUGAUUGGACCAUUUGUUCGACAGAGCUUGUAAUUACUGUCCAGAAUCAGGAGUUGUCAGAUGGUAUCUAAAUCAUAAUGCAUUUGAAAGCGAUAUUCAGUAGAGAGUUGUACAUGUAUUCUUUUGUAGACGAUUGAACGAGUCGACUCGACUUGCAGUCGAUGAAGAUGUUGAAGAAUGAAGAGAAGAGCUCAUUGAAGUCGAGGCUCUGCGUUUGGUUUGUGAGGGCAGAUCUCAGGUGCCUUGUGUCAGGUCAGGAGUGUUUGUUCCUGUCAAGAGGAAAAAGAGAAAGAAAUAAAAUUAGAAUGUGAUCAUCUUUUAAUUGAGGUAAGAUUUUGUUUUCGAGAUAUGUAAGAAUUUUGGUUGUGCAUUGUGUAUAGUCACAUGUCUAUGACGAUAUUUGGUGACGUGACAUGUAAGUUUGUGCUUAGAGUA